GUGCUGCGGCGCCCGCUGGGUAGCCGCGCUGGCGGCCGUGGCUGUAGCGACCGCCGCCGCCCUGGCGGCGCUGGCCACCGAGGCCCGAGCUGAGGCCGUCGCGCCGGCCAGUAAGCACAGCCGACGCCGCCACGAGCGCUUCAACAGGUGGGUGCUGGAGGCGCUCGAGCACGGCGCAGGCGGGCUCCGCGCAUGGCGGCGCGGCCCGCGCGGCUGGCAGGAGGACGAGCUGGAUCUGCUAGGUACUGGGUACUGGGCGCACGAGGUCUGGAGCAUGGCCGACGGCUCGGACGGUUGGCAGGACUUCGAGCGGCAGACGGACUCGGAGGCGCUGCCCAGGCCGACGGCGGACGAGUGGCUGGGCGCCGCCAAGUCGCUCGCGAGGCGCUCGAGCCUGGGCGUCGACCGCGUCUCGCCCCGAGCUUUUGCCCAGGUGUCCGCGGCCGCGGCCGAGCUCCUCGCGGACAUCGGCAUGGCGGCCGAGGAGUGGGGCGGCUGGCCGCUGGCGGCGCGGGCGUCGCUCAUCGCGAUGCUACCCAAGCCCGCGCGCGGCUGGCGGCCCAUCGGGCUGCUCUCCAGCAUCCCGCGGCUCAGGCAGGCCGAG